GUGGGUCCUGACUUUCGACCAGUUCGCAAAUUGCAGUGCAAUAGUUUUAGCAGUCUAUUACGUUUCAGUUUGUGUUCACAUAUCGGUAAAUCACAGAAUUAGAUAGGUUCUCGUUCUCAGAAACUCGUGACAGGGUAGUCGUUUACAUAAGUAAUAUACCAAUUUUAGAUUUUGAAGUUUUCAGCUUUAAAACAAGUAUAAAAUGAAACUGUUAACGCUUUAUAACGUGAUUUUGGCGUUAUUUCAAUUAUACCUUUUGACAUCACUGGGUGAAAGUGCAUUGACUAACCCAGAAAUACCACCUCAACCAACAGAGAAUCCAGUCAUUAAUACGACCACUGUCGCACCUACAACUAUACCACCGACACCCACGACGAAUGGAACGACAACUACACCUAAGCCAACCACUACCCCUAUCACCACUACAACUCCUACAACUCCUACAACACCCAACACCACCACGACCACUACUACCACCACCACCACCACUACUACUCCAACUCCUCCAACCUCCUCCAGCACAACCGUGAAGCCAACUGUUUCACCGACCUCGAAACCAGAACCGGAUCACAAGUUUGAUGGACCAAGCUUUAUUGGUGGCAUGAUCUUAACUAUGGGACUGAUGGCGAUCGGGUUCGUGUCUUGGAAAUUCUACAAGGCCCGUACCGAACGUAACUACCAUACUCUUUGAAGUACCGGUAGUUGAAACUUCAUUGAAAAAGAUACUAAAUUAACAUUACAUUAAAUUUCAUUGAGUAGAUUUGGAAAAUAAUAUUUUAAGGUUGUCUUUGACGUGUGUAAAACAACAGCACUUAUGUUUGAAAAAAGAUUGUGGUCUGAAUAUAUUGUGUGAUGUCCUUUUAUAUUACACUGAAGUGACAUUUUAUUUUAUCUAUAUAAUAAGCUGUGUAAAAGAUUCACUGAUGCUGAUGAUCAGUAAACAUCUUGUUAAUUUUGUGAAUUAAGAUAUGGGAAAUUUUACCUAACAUGGAUUCAUUUGUUAUGUUUCUUUGGUAUAAUAGUGAAAUAAUGAAUUACAAUGUUUACUACAACAUUAUGAAGUGUAUGAAACUUAAUUCAGACAAAUAAUCUUGUAAUAAAUUGAUUUCCAAAACGAUAAAUUGAGUUUAUUUAUCCUCCACAAAUAUAUGUUGGAGUAAAUUAAGUACGCUAUAUUUUUUAAUCCUGUCAAAUCUGUAAUAUUAACCAGCUCCCGAAGUGAUAUUCUUUGCUAGUGCUCAGCCAAUUAGUGAUGGCUGAACACAAUAAAACUCUUCAGACCAUAACAUUUUCCCAUUAAAAAAGCAAUUUUAACUUAACACUUGAUAAUUUCUAGAUGUUUAUAAAAACAUAAUUAGUACAUAGUAAUAAGUACAUUAAUCACUCUAUAGACUGAUGCUUUCAUGUGAUUAGUGUGGUGUUGAAAGUAUUCAACUAUUAUGUACGUAGUGGAGUGUAAUGUAUGUUAAUUUAGAAGCAAAAUCAUGACGAAAUUAAAAUAAGUGGCCAUUGAAAAUUUAAAUAUUGAGUAGCUUGUAAAUGAGGAAAACUUUAGCUUAAGCUCUAGAUGUCAUGAUUCAGUCAGAUAUCUAUCUUAUCUUAUGAAUCAUCUCAGUUAUCUGUCAUCUCUUGUUAUAAGCACAUGCCAUUUGGAACUGUUUAAUUGCAUUUAAUCAACAUUAAACAGUGUUGCUUGAAAUAUUACACUAAUUUUAAUAGUUUAAUCGCAUAUUUUUACUGUAUAAUCUGAGUAUAUUUGUACUGAUAUGGUUUGACCCAUUUUGUGUAUAGACAGCAAAGUGCUAAAUUAUAAUUACUAUUUAGUUAGUAGGCUUUACAUUGUUGUGUUAGUGACUGUGUCACAGUUAUCUAAUAAUUUAAAUUUACUCUCUUUUUAAUCAAAAUAUAUUCCAUUUUGUAUUUAAUAUUUUGUAGUAACUGUUCUCAAAUCACGGAAUAUGACUCUCUAAAUCCGUCCUUAAUGUUAGUUCCUCGAUAUUUUAAAUUGACAUUAUGAUUUUAAAUGUUAAUUUUUUUAGUAUAUGAAGUUAAUCUACAGUGAUUUACUUGAAUAGGAUCUUUUAAUCGCAAUAGAAUGAACAGUUUGCAUUUCCAAUGUGUUUUAAAUAAAUUAUCAAUAAGUUUUUACUAAUAUAAAAUAUGAUGUACUGUUAAGACAUACAUACAACAUCUAUGUAUACAUAUAAAUAUUCGAAUGUACAUUACGAAUGAAACUCACUUGCUUUUAUGUUGACCGGCAAAAAUCUAUUUUCAAAUCUUAUAUCAUCAGUCUAUGCCAAAAGCUGAGUUUGAUGUUGAAGUCUGUGCUUUAGGCUUUUCACGUUACCGUAAUCAGCACGUAACACAUUGUACUGCUUUCACUGUUACAAUAUACUUUUAAUUCAAAGACAUUAAAAUUGAAAAAUUUGUCUGGCUGUAACAUUAGUGUGGUUUAUUUUUGGAACUAUGAAAAUUUAUAGUAUUCAACAGUCCAUAGUAAACGUUUCAAUGUACAAGGCAUUAUUAAAGGUUAAAAUGUAAUUUUAGUUUAAAUCAUGUUUAGUAAUAAUACCCAAUAUGAACUUUUUAAUACAAACCAGGUUACAUUUAUUCGACUUGUCUUUUUAUUUUAAGAAGAGUUAUAUCAAAAUUAAUUUUGUUUUGUGAUAUUGUUAUGUAAAUCAUAAAGUGAAUUUUACUUCAAAGUUUAAUUCAUUAAUUAUAGAGCAAUAUUGUCAUUUAGCAACUCAAAUUCGAAUCAGCGAUAUGUUUUUUACUCCUUUGACAAAAUGACGAUUUGUAAAGUUGUAUAUUUGUGUGCCUAUAGUAUACAAGCUGUGAUACAGUGUUAGGAAAUGCCAGAUUUAUUCAUGUCUAGUCUUUCUAUGAUGAAAAUGAGAAUUUAGCCUCUUUAAGUGUGUGUUCAUUUAAUACCUAAACUUGUCCUGGUCUUUUAAUGUAGUUGGAGUAUUAUCUAAACUGAUGAUAUCACCCCGUACAGUCGUUUCAGUGGAUGGAUCUAUGUGUCACACCCGAGUCUGUUAAAAGUUGUUUAUGGUAUUUUUGUACAAUUGCUAUGUAUCACAUACCGUAACAAUUAAGUUUUUUUUAUCAUGUGGGAAUAAAUGUUUUGUCAAACUG